AUGGGAGAUCAAAUAGCAAGGGCCGAAAAGAAUAAGAAUGUGGUGGGUUCGUCUAGCUCUGAGUAUCCUGAGGAUAUUCCACAAGGAUGUAAAAGACGAUUGAGCUGGAGAAAUGUGGAAGGGAAAAACAUGUUAAGGCAAGUGGUCGACCAGGGAAAUCAGCCAUAUUGUUGGAAUAUUUCAACAAGUCACAUGGUUUCAUCACAUUUAUACAUCCAUGGAAAAACGGAAACACUUCUUCCGCUUUCAGCCCGACAUUUGUUUGUCGGAGUUAAGGGAAAAAAUCCGGAUGGUUCGCUCAAAAACUUUGAGAACCUAAAGGAUUUUUUGGUGAACCAAGGCAUGAUUCAAGAAAAAGACUGUGCAUGUGUCGUAGAAAAAGAAAACAAGCAGAUAGGAAGCAGCUCAAAGUCAAAACCAAAAGACAAGAAAAAAAGCUCGAAGAAGGAAAAUGCUAAAGCUAAUCCAUGUUUUGGAAAAAUGAAGGGUAAAAAGGUUACCAAAAUCAGGAAUUUACAAAUUGUGAGAGAUGUCGAUGAAAGAGAGUUGAUCGAGCUGCUACAGAGAGGACCGGUUACAGUUAGUAUAGAAGUAGCAGAUACAUUUAAGCUAUUUAAAGGGGAUGAAGUUCUUAGAGGAUAUAGUCAAAGCGAGAGUCUAGAAGAUCAUAUGAUUGAGUUGACGGGUUAUGACACUACUCCCGACGGCAUUAACUACUGGGAAUUUCAAAAUUCAUACGGUCUUGGCUGGGGGAAAAAUGGAUUUGGAAAACUAAUUCGAAAGAGUAGCCGAAAGAAACACGAGCCAUCUCUAAUCAAUGCUUACAUGUAUCCAGAGCUUUUGGAGAGAGAGGAAGCUAUUAAUGCGCAUUAG